UUUGGUCUAAUCCUAACCCUUCUCCUAGCCUUAAACCUAUCCAGGCCAGUGGGUUUUAAGAGGUGAGUGUUCCAAAUGAUAACCUUUUGUGUUUGUAAAAAUAAACUCUAAAGUCUGAGUUUGAUACAUUCUGAUUUAAUUUAUGUUUUACAUAGAAUCACAACUUUUUAUUACCAUGAAUAAACCUUCCUCUAUGAAUGAUUUGAGGCCAACCAGUUGUUCAUGUGUCAAAGAUGUGUCAGAGUGACGGUUUUGCCUCAACUUCCUCAUAUUGUUUGAUCAUGCAAAUGAUCCAGUCUGACUUCCAAAAAAGAGUGGUUAUAUGAGCGAUGUUGACAGGACACCAGUUAAUGUUCGACAGAGAGAGGAACCAAUGCAUACAUGUGUUUUACCUCUGUGUAUCCAUGAUGUUCCUGCUAUGUUUAUUUGUGAGUAUCAUGAGCAUAUUUUGUUCUUGUUCAGGAGACAUUGGUCUUCUACACGCAUACUCUCCUGGGGACGUCAUCAUUGGAGGACUUUUCCCAAUUCACUUAAAAUCAAACCGGAGUGAAUCUCCUACACCACUCUCCUGCAGCGACUAUGAUAUCCGAAUGUUUCUUCGCACUCAAGUGAUGAUAUAUGCCAUCAGAGAAGUAAACGAGCGCACACCAAGGGUUCUACCCAACAUCACCCUAGGAUAUGACAUCUAUGACACUUGUGGAGAUGUCACCUUUGCCAUCAGAGCGACACUUCAGUUGCUGAAGGACCAGUCGGACCCUAAGAGCUGUUUAGUACCUCCAAACUUUCAGUCUGCUUUAUCUGAGCCCAACACAAAGGCAGUGAUAGGUGAAAGGUAUUCGGAGGUGUCAAUAGCUGUUGCACGAGUUGUUGCUCUGUCGUCAGUUGCUCAGAUUAGCUAUGCUUCAACAAGCGAGCAGCUCAGCAGGAAGUUGAAGUUCCCCACUUUUCUGCGAACCAUACCCAGUGACGAAUAUCAGACAAAGGCCAUGGCUGAGCUGGUGAAGAAGUUUAACUGGAAAACAGUGGCCAUAAUAGGAAGUGAUGAUGAGUACGGGAAGUACGGCAGUGAUAAGCUUGUAACUUUCAUCAGUGAAAUAAAAGAUAUCUGCAUUGAAUUCGUUGACAUCCUGCCAGGUUACUUUUCCCGCAAUAUUUCCCAAAGCUAUGACAGGCUGAAUGAGCUGCUGGUCAAUAUAAAUAAAUCCUCUGCUGAGGCCAUCAUUGUGUUCACAAAGGAAACCAAUGUUGCAUUCCUCAUGGAAGCAGCUACAAAAUAUAGACUCAACAGGACUUGGAUUGCAAGUGAUUCAUGGUCCACCUCCUCAAAGGUCUCUGCGCUGCCAGGCAUAGAGAUGGCCGGGGAGGUUUUCGGAUUCAUCUCUAAGAGGAAGGUUGUGCCUGGUUUUGAAGACUACGUCAUGUCAAUGUUCAACGGGACCUCCAACGCCAUCCUCCAACAUUACCUGACUCAGUAUCCACUUUGUUCCAAUCAUUCUGAGGAGGACAGAGAGACUAACUGCCCACUACCCAACAGCUUUCAAUGUCUGAACCCAAGGUCCUUAGCUAAAUGCAUCGACCAGGAUGAAUCAUACAAUAUCUACUUAGCUGUUCAAGUCAUUGUUGAGGGUCUCAGGCGCCUGCUGAAAUGUGACAACCACCGAUGUGAACGAACCAACAAAUUUACUGCCUUGGAGCUUCUUAUGGAAAUAAAGAAAGUAAACUUCACUGUGAACACCACACAUAUAUUCUUUGAUUCUAAUGGAGACCCCCUUAGUUUAGCAUAUGAUAUCGUACGUUGGAACAUGACUGAUACCAAACAGCCAGCAUGCAUAAAAACCAUCGGAGAGUACUGGCCUGAUGAAAAAGAUGGAAGAAUCAAAGUCCCAGAUGACCUUGCUAGAAAUAUGCGCAAUGUAACGGUUUACAACUGCUAUAAAACGUGUGAACCAGGGCACGAGUUGCAAAAGAAAAAAAAUAAACCGUGCUGCAAUGAUUGUGUUCAAUGUGAAGAUGGAGAUUUUUCCCCUGGAAAUGGUGAGGGCUGUAAACACUGCAGUCAAAAGGAGUAUUCAACUCCACAGAGGGACGGCUGUUUGAAGAAAAAGGAAAAAUUCCUGGAGUGGUCGGAUUACUUUGUUAUCUUCUUGAGUUUCUUAGGAGUCUUUGGCAUAAUUGUUACUAUUGUGUUUGCUGUUUUGUUCACAAUCUAUCGUAGAACUCCCAUUGUGAAGGCUGUUGGAGGUUACUUGUGUUUCUUGGAGCUUUUUUCCUUGCUGGCCUGCUUCUGCUCGACAUUUAGCUUCGCAGGAAAACCCACUGAUGCUUCCUGCAAGGUAGGCCUGCCUCUCUUUGGUAUAGUCUUCUCCCUCUGCAUCUCCUGUAUCCUGGCCAACCUGCUCCAAAUCUUAGUAGGCUUCCACUUUGACCUGAAGGCAGGGUCCUGGGUGAAGAGGCUAAACCAGCCAUUGGCUGUGGUGGUUACUGUCACUGGGAUCCAACUGGCCCUGUGUGUGUCAUGGCUCUGUUAUUAUCCCCCAACUCAUCAUGAAGUGAACUCAAACAAGACCCUCGACCAGCGGUGUCAAAAAGGCUCUGAUUUAUUUUUUGUUGGCAUGUUAGGCUACAACGCUUUCUUGGCCCUUAUUUGUUUCCUGUUUGCAUUCAAAGGUAAACAGUUGCCAGAUCUGUAUAAAAAUGCACGCUUAAUCACCGUUAGCAUGCUGCUGUACUUAAUCGUUUGGAUUUUCUUCAUCCCGAUUUAUAUCAAAAAAUUUGGCACAGACCAACGAGGCAUUGAAAGUGCAGCCAUUCUCAUUUCUACCUACAGCAUCCUCGGCUGUCACCUGGCCCCAAAGUGUUACAUUAUGGUGUUCAGGAAAGAGAUUAAUAAUCAGAACGCCAUUACCGAGCACAUCAGGAAGCAUUAUGAGCAAAGAGGCAUGGCUGUGGUGAAAUCAUAA